CGCGCGAACCGCAAUAAACCUGUUUUAUGCUUGCUUUCCAAGCGGUUACCAAGCCGACCGUCACGCAUAAAUAGACGCUAAAGACGCCGUUUGUGGAGCAUGAGGCAAUCACGGAGAGGAGGAGGGGGCAGAAAUAUGUUCCAGGAAUCGGCACAACCACGUGGAACGUCACGGAAAAAGGGGUGUUGCUUACCGGGUUGAGUCGCUUAUCUUCGAGCUCGGUGCAGUCGUUCGGGAAGAACCCCAUCGUUCUCAAGAUUUAUUGACAACCCCAUCGAUGGACCCGAAAGGCUUCCCAUUGACACGCCUUUUGUGGUUGGAAGAUAUAUUUUUAAAAACUGAAGAAAUCAUUAAAAUUUGUAACACUUUCCUCGAAUACAAAAACGUUCUCAAAGGUGUGGGGGCUGCGUGGAAAAACUCAAACUGGCUAUUGAUUUAUCACCCGGUCAAGGUGUACACUUUGUCUAAUAACUCAUCAAGCGACGGCGUCAAAACGAUUUUACCGCACAUACACAAACUGAGUGCAAGUUUUGUAGGUCUCUCCCUCCGUGUUGGAAAACUCAGUGACAGCUACUCCGGUGACGCAUCGCAUGCUACGAUGCCUACUCGUCCUACUUCCGAUUUUUGUUUUUUUUUUCGGGAAAGUCUACCAACGGCUCUUUGCUGCGUCUGACAUGGUCACCCAUUUGCCCCGAGUGUGCGGUGUGGCAAAUGUGUGUUUGCCCAUAUCGAGGGCAGCCUAACACGUUACCCUAGCCACCGGCUCAUAGUAACCCGGGCGGACGAGUUGCGGGCGUGUAAACAAACUAUUAAAGUCUCAGCAAGCGGAGACAACACCAGUUCAGUUCGUGUUGUUCCAUCGGUGGGACCAGUGGUUUGCAGUGACCUUUUUUUGUAUGUGUGUGGAUCUCACACUCGGUGUCUAAAAUGGCCAACAAAGCGGCCGUAACGUUCGAGAAGCCGCUGCAGCAUCUCAGCCUGGCCGAUUGGCACUCCCGGCUGACGCAGCUGAAGAACGUCGCCUACACGCAGCGCUCGGACGCGUUCGAGCUGCGCCAUUCGGCACGCAAUCUGCGGAACGAAACCCGCAUCCAGACGCACUGGGACACGUAUCACAACAAUGACCGGCUGUCGGAUCGGGUCGCCGAGCUGGACCGCUGGCGGGAGAAGAUGCGCAUCAUGCUGGGGCGCGUGGUGGACGAAAUCCAGGCGCUGCGGGAGGAAAAGUCCAGCACGGAGCGCGACCUGGACGGGCACAUUACGCCGCUGACGGUGGUGACGGAGUGCAUCGGGAUGCGGGACUGCCGGCUCGGGUCGGAGCUAACGUACGACGAGGGCGACACCGAGCUGAAGAACGAGCUGUGCAUCGUGGAGAACAAUCAGCGGCUGCUGCGCGACCAAAACCAGGCCGCCUGGGAGCAGCUGAACCGGCUGCAGGAGGUCAAGUUCAAGCUCGAGCUCGAUCUGACCGAUAAGGACGAGGCGCAGGCGAUCGAUGCGCACCAGCUGCAGGUGGACCAGCACUGCGGGGACGUGUCGUUCAAGACGGAUCCGACGCGGGUCCCGCGCGACUCCUGUACGUACGGCAACUGGCUGGAGUACUGCGAGGAGCUGGUGGCGCUCACCGAGAACACGCUGGCCGAUUCCUUCUCCAUCCGCGAGUCGCUGUUUGCGACGCGUGAGAAAGCGCGCAACAUUCUGCGCGCCCAGCAGGACCGCACGGCCCAUACGCUGCGCAAGCGAAUCUUCGAAACGCAGCGCGCCCGGAACGAGCUCGAGUAUCAGCUCGGCAAGAUGAAGGAAGAGAUGGCCAAAUGUCUGCAGGAGAUCGAAACGCUCGAGCGAGCGCACGACCAAAAGACGGAAGCGCUCAAGGUGGUGGAAACGCGCCUGGAAAACCGUGCCCAGCGCUCCGGCAUGGAGCUGUGCAUCGACGAGUCGUACCACGGGCUGUGCGAUGAGGUGCAGAAGCUGCGCGACACGAUCAAAACGCUGCGCGCCAAGAUCGACGCCACCAAGACGACGUACAACUCGCUGCGGGAUCACGCGAACAAGAUCGAUCAGGAUCUGCAGAACAAGCAGCACUCGCUGAUGACCGACAUCCGGGCGCUGGAUCUGCGCGGCCGGCUCAAGACGGGCGAGUUUGGCGGGCUGCCGACGCAAACCGACCGCAACAUCCAUCUGUCCCGCGUGGAGGACGAAAUUCCCAAGACAUAAAUGGUGUCCCCCUAGGGGCUCGAAAACACCAGCCAGCCCCUCCUCCGUCUCCCCCUUAGUGCAAAAGGGUAUAUCAUCGAAAAUUAUUACGUGAGAGAAAAUUGGAAGCAAUCAAUAUGAUUAUCACCACUGACCACUGGCACUCAAUAUAGUUGUUAGUCGGUGUGUGUGUUUGUGUGGUUUGGCGCGAUCGCUCGUUACGCUUUUCACACUUUGCGCUGUGCGCCCGCAUUUUCCCUUUCACCGGUGAGCGCGCACACCAGCCUUCUCCUCCGUCUUCUACUGCACCACUGCACCACGUGAAAGUGAAGUUUGUUUUGCGCACCUGAAGUCGACAGCAAUAAACAAAAUAGAAAUAAAGCUCCGUGCAUAACCGCAUCAGCACGGCGUAGCGCGCGCACACAUAGCUGCUCGAGCUGCUGAAUUUGACAGCGUACAACCGCUUGGCACUAUCUAGUGUUAGUAGAGUUAGCACACAGCCGCAGCUAAAUAAAAUCACGUUUCCUUUUACAUCCCA